AAUGAAUGUAGAUGACAUAAAAAAUAAAUUGAAAGAAUUACAUAAAAAAUAAUAGGAGAGUUUAAUAAAAAGAAAAAGUUUGAUUAAAGAAAUUAAAAGCAUGCCUUUUUAGUAUUUUCAUAAAAUAUGAUAAUAGAAAGAAUAAUCAUAAAAAUAAGAAAGCAAGAGAUGAAAAUGAUAAGGUAAUAUAUAGAAUACGAAUGUAUUGAAGACUUUUGUAAUAAAUCUUGAAGGGGCAAAAGAAGAACGUGCUGAAAAGUAAAAGUAGCUUGAUCAAAAAGUACCUAUUGCCUUGAAAGAAAAAGAUAGAAGAAUAGUAAAAAGUUUAUUUGGAAACCAUUUACAAAGAGCAAAGCAGGAUUUAGAUGGGGAGAAAUAGAAAGUAAAUUUAAUGAUCAUUUCAAUAUAGUUGGAUAAAUAAAUAGAGAUAAAUAAAAGAUUGGAAGAUAAAGAAAGAUAAGAUUUAAUGGCAUAUAAAGAGAAUUAGGAUGUAUUAUAAUAAAUUAUAUGAUAGAAAAGAAAGGAAAAAUUAGUAACAGAGAGAAAGUAAUUAGAAAGAGAAUUGGCUGCUGAUGAAUUUAGAAGACAAGUAAAUAUUAUAAUAAACUAUAUAUAGUAAUUAUUAUUGGAACUCUAAUUAAAAACUAUGAGAGAAUUCUUUAUCACAAAGUAUAUAAUAUUAAAGAAGUUUCUUAGAACAGCCCCACAUUUAUUAUGGCAACCAGUUAAAACUAAUGAAGGCAUGAAUCCUCUUAAGGAAUAUAGUAAUGAACGAUUCAAUGUAUGAUAAUAUUUAUAAUUAGGAAAUGGAAAAGGAUCUAAAGGAGAAGUUAUAGAGAGCAUACUAAUAAUUUAUAGAUUUUCAAAGUCAGAAAAUAAAGGAAUAACCUAUUGAACAGGAGCAAGAAAGUUCACAAUCUGAAAGUGAGGAGUCUUAAGAGAAACCAAAGGAAGAAGGGUAAGAAUGAU